UUUUUCUAGGUUCAAAUGGACCAGUUUUGCUCUUUUAAAAAUGUUUCAUCUCUCAUCCUAGAGUCUUUUUCAGUUCUAAUUGCUGGUGGGGGAAAGUGGACUUAUAAACCUGUAGGGGGAGUGGUCUGGGGAGAGCCGAGUAGAACCUGGAUGCUCCUCUGAGUUCACCAUCACCCCAUCAGAACAGCGAUGGAUCAGACUCGAGCCGGUGUCGGAGUUGGUGCUCAGGCUGGUCAGAGGCUCAAGGGGAAGAUCACCCCCUUCCACCGCUCACCCAUAGUGGACAGAGGAGCGGGCAUCCACAAAAAACGACCCGGAUCAGCACUGCCCGGAAAACCCCUGGGAUCUCCUCGCGCUUUAUUCAGCACAACAGGAGUAACGACUGCUUCUCCUGUCCGAGAGCGAGUCCCACCUCCACCUCCACCUGCUGCUGCUGAUGCUGCUUCUGGUCGGAGCUCAGAGGGUUCGACUCCUGGUUCAAGCUCUGUACAGACCAUGACUGAUGUAAAAACGCAGGCUCCUCCUCCUGCUUCUCCUGCUGCUGCUACUGCUGCUGCUGCCAAGUCUGCGGGCAGGAAGGCAACAAGGUCAGGCGUGUCGGACCCACCAAAGGCUGCACCACCUCCUCAAACUGCACCUCAACACAGCAAGAAAAGCAAAGACAAAGCAUCUGCUCCCGCCUCUGCCAAACCUCUGUCAGCUGUGAAGAGAAAGAAGAGGAAAAUGGGAACGUACAAUCUGGUGCCCAAAAAGAAAGCCAAGGCUCUGAAACAGCAGGAGAAGAAAGAGGAGCCAAUCCCUAGUGUGGAGAAGAAGCCGGCUGCAGAGGUGAAACCAGUUGCUCCAUCUGCAGCUCCAGAGAAGACGACAGAGCAGACGGUCGUCAGAAACCAACCAGUGGUAGAGGCAGAAACAGGAGAAUACACUGAACUGGCUUUGGAUUGUCUGGACCUGAAGGCCCAGGAGGAGCUGCUGUCUCCUCCACUGUCAGGUGCAGCGGCGGAUGGGGAGGUGACGGAUACAGAGCUGGCGGAGGAGUUACCACUGUGUUGCUGUCGGAUGGAGACGCCGUACAGCGGAGGAAGCCUGUCAGCCCUGGACCACACCUGCAUGGCCAUGGAGAGCACAGAUGGCCUGCUGAGUCGAUGCCAGAGGCGAGUGAUGAAACAGGAAAUGAUGCGGCCUUCGAACACAGUCCAUCUGCUGGUUCUGUGUGAGGACCACCGGGCCGGGAUGGUUAAGCACCAGUGCUGUCCAGGUUGUGGGCUCUUCUGCAGGGCGGGCACCUUCAUGGAGUGCAGACCGUAUGGUAACAUCUCCCACCGCUUUCACCGCGACUGCGCCUCCAUCCUGAAGGAUCGUAGGUUCUGCCCUCACUGUGGAGAGGAUGCCAGUGGGGCCAAAGAGGUAAUGGUGUCCAAACCUGAUCCCUCACCCUCCGUCCCCAAGUCGAGCCCCGGGCCGUCACUUCCAGGCGUGGCCACCCUGCCGUCAGGACCUACCACACCCGCCGUACCACAGAUCCUCAGGGCGAAGAAGACCAGCGUACCGCCGAGGGACAGAGACGAGAGCCCCGGCAGGUCAAAGGGGGACGCUGACAGAUCUAAAGAAUCACUGGAGAGCAUCCUGACGGCACUGGAUGAUGAGAACAUGAAACCAAAGAAAGUCAAGUAUCCCACCAGGCAGCUGUACAUCUCGGCAAAACAAGGGGAGUUGCAGAAGGUCAUCCAUCUUCUAGUCGAUGGGAAGGACCCCAACUUUUUAAUGGAAGGACAAAACAAACGCACACCUCUGCACGCAGCAGCCGCUGAAGGCCACCAUGAGAUCUGCCACAUGUUGGUCCAGGCCGGAGCAAAUCUGGAUAUGUUUGAUGACGAGCAGCAAACGCCGCUGAUGGCAGCCUGUGAAAACAACCAUCUGGAAACGGUGAAGUACCUUCUUCGAGCCGGCGCAUCCGUCAGCCACAAGGACGUCAUGGGUUUCACCUGUCUGCACCUGGCAGCUAAACUGGGACAUUAUGACAUAACCAAUCAUCUGCUCUCCAGGGCGUCCAAAUACAUCAACUGUCAGGAUGACGGGGGUUGGACUCCCGUCACCUGGGCCAUCGAGUACAAGCACAAAGAGCUGGUCCACCUGCUCGUGUCCAGAGGAGCUGACGUUAACAUUCGAGACAAGGAGGAGAAUGUCUGCCUGCACUGGGCUGCUCUGUCGGGCUGUGACGACGUCGCUCAGGCUCUUCUCGAAGCCCGAUGCGACCUCAACGCUGUGAAUGUCCACAGAGACACGCCGUUACAUGUCGCCGCCAGAGAAAACCACUUGGAGUGUGUGAUGCUGUUUCUGUCUCGCGGAGCUGAUGUAAACCACAGGAACAGGGAGGGGGCAACUCCUCUGGACUGCUGUGUCUACGGCUCCAAAGUGUGGAUGGCGCUCAACACCAACAAGAAACUGACUGACGCCCGGAGAGGCCGAGACUGUCAGGGGGAAAGGGUGCUCAGCAGGGACAUUUCUCGGGGGUACGAGUCAGUUCCCAUCACCUGUGUUAACGGUGUGGACAGCGAACCAUGCCCUGAAAACUUUAAGUACAUCCCAGAUAACUGUGUCACGUCCCCACUGAACAUAGACAAGGACAUCACUCACUUACAGCACUGCAGCUGCACAGACGACUGCUCAUCCAGUACCUGCAUGUGUGGUCAGCUCAGUCUGAGGUGUUGGUACGACAGCGACGGUCGGCUGCCUCUGGACUUCUGCCAACGGGAGCCUCUGGUUCUGUUUGAGUGCAACCACGCCUGCUCCUGCUGGAGAACCUGCCGGAACCGAGUGGUACAGAACGGUCUGAGGGUCCGGCUGCAGCUGUACAGGACGCAGAAGAUGGGCUGGGGGGUGAGGGCCAUGCAGGACAUCCCUCCAGGAACGUUCAUUUGCGAGUACGUCGGGGAGAUCAUCAGCGACACGGAGGCCGACAAAAGAGAGAACGACUCUUUCCUCUUCACCCUGGACAACAAGGUCGGGGACGUACACUGUAUCGAUUCCAGACUCUUUGGCAACGUCGGCCGCUUCAUCAACCAUCUGUGCGAGCCCAACCUGCUGCCGGUGAAGGUGUUCACCAUGCACCAGGACCUACGCUUCCCACGCAUCGCCUUCUUCUCCAGCAGAUCCAUCAAAGCCGGAGACCAGAUCGGGUUCGACUACGGCGAUCACUACUGGAGGGUGAAGAGCAAGUAUUUCACCUGCCAGUGCGGAUCUGUGAAGUGUCGCCACGCCUCCACCAGCAGAUAGAAACCUCACUGUCAUUUCUACUUGUGUGUCAGGAAAUGCAGAAACAUCACAGAACCAAAACUCACAGCAGAGUAACAGCGCAACACUGUCAUUUCAAUUUUAGAACAAUAAUUUUACCAUAGACACUGUUCAAAUCUGGGAUCUAACUUAUUCUUAAUACACGUAAUCAGGUUACUAAAGGACACUGCAUCAUGAAACACUACCUGAGGGGUUAAAAGAGCAAACUGUCAGGUUAAAAAAUACCACAACAUGUUUUAAUACUGUGUGUUUCAUAAUCUAGAGAAUCAUGUUUGUGAGUCGUGUUGUUGGUAGUUUAAUCUCUUUUAUGAAUGUGCUUUUUUUCUACAUGUCAAUUAAAUGAUUAAACACUUUUU